CGUUGGAGAAGCGCGGAAUUAACCCUGUGGGAUAAAUGGCUCCUCCGCUGCAGGAUACCGGGGUGGAGGGUGGAGCGGGAGAGAAAAAGGCGAACAGGAGCGAAAUCUGUUCACGCCGUUUUUUCACGUGGGAAGAAAUCGGUCUGCGCACGGGACGGAUUCAGCCUCAUCUUAAGGAGAAGUGGCUUGUGAUUGACAGGAAGGUCUACGACAUCAGCAGCUUCUACAACCGGCACCCGGGGGGCUCCAGGGUGAUUUCCCACUACGCUGGGCAGGAUGCCACGGAUGCAUUCACAGCAUUUCACCUGAAUAAGGCUCAACCAACCAAGUAUUUGAGUUCAUUGCUGAUAGGGGAACUGGCACAUGAUCAACCAAGUUCUGAGCCCAGCAAAAAUCAAUUGCUUGCCAAAGACUUCAGGGAGUUGCGGUCCACCGUUGAAAAAAUGGGACUUCUGACACCAAAUCCCCUGUUUUUCAGUCUGAUUUUUCUUCAUAUUAUAUUGUUCGAUAUCGGUGCUUGGUUGACAAUCUGGUAUUUUGGCACAUCUUCAAUAUCAUUCUUCACGGGUGUUGCAUUUUUUACUAUUGCUCAGGCCCAACUGUCCUGGUUCCAACAUGAUUUGGGUCAUCUUUCAGUCUUUAAAACAUCCAAGUGGAACCAUCUUAUCCAUAGGAUGGUCUUGAGUCUACUGAAAGGACUUCCAGCCAGUUGGUGGAAUACUUUGCAUUUCCAGCAUCAUGCCAAACCGAACUGCUUUCGUAAAGACCCCGAUCUCAACAUGCAUCCCAUUGCGUUUGCCCUGGGGGAGAAACUAGCUAGAGAGCUUGGAUUGCAGAAAAAGAAGUUCAUGCCUUACAAUUACCAGCACAAGUACUUCUUCUUAGUGGCACCGCUUUUACUUGUUCCCUUCUUCCAAAUCUCCAUAUACCACUUUACCAUCAAACGCAAAGAAUGGGUGGAUCUAGCCUUGAUUCUCAUUUACCAGAUCAGAGUCAUCCUUGUCUACUUACCCAUUAUGGAAUUUAAAACUUUUAUGGCAUUCUACUGGCUGAGCAGAUUUCUGGAAGCAGCUUGGUUUAUCUGGGUUUCACAAAUGAAUCACAUUCCAAUGAAUAUUGACUAUGACACAAACAUGGACUGGGUAUCUACCCAGAUUGUGUUUAGUUCUUAUGUUGUCUUUACAUCUUUUAAUCAACUUUAUUUUUUAAAAAAACAAACUUUUUUAUUUUUCUACAGCCUUUUUCCCACAAUGCCUCGCCACAACUAUAGUAAAGUGGCUCCUCUUGUGAAAUCCCUCUGUGCCAAAUAUGAUGUUUCCUAUCAGAGCAAGCCCCUCCUUACAGCCUUUGGAGACAUUCCGCGAUCUCUUAAGGUCUCUGGAGAUGCCUGGCUUGAAGCAUAUCUGCAUGGAUAAACAUUUUGAGAAUGAACUCCAUCCCAAUGAAGAUGCAUCACACACUAGAGGGCAGCUGGUGGACUAAGGAAGAAUGUGGGGUCUAGUGAGUGAAUAGGCUAAGCGAUAGCUUUGCUGGGAUGGGAUAAUUGUGGUACUUUACUUCAUCCUCUGUACAGUGUUUCCUUGAAUCUGUAUUCUGUUUGUACUAUGGCAUUUGGUGGAUAUGUGAAAGGUGAAUUAGUACUCUUGUAUUUCACUUGCUUCUAUGAGAUUGAAACUUGGCUUUUUUCUUGUUUGGGGGAAGGGGGAAGGUUAUCAGACGGGAGAGGUGAAGAGUUUAGAAUAGAAGGAUGAAAUAAUGAGAAGAAAGAAGAUAAAAAUACAGUUGGUGAAUAAGAUGUUACAUGUUACUUGAAGGACAGCUUGAAGUUUUAGGAUAGCUUGCAAGGUCCAGUGUCUCUUAAAAGGAAAGAGCAAAAUUCUUAGAGCAGUUAAAACUUCACAGUUGGGUAUUUGAAGUUU